AUGCAAAAACGCAACCCCUGCAGCAGCAGCAGCAGCAGCAGCAGCAGCGGGUGGGGAGCAGCAGCAGCAGGUGCGGAGCAGCAGCAGCAGGUUCCGAGCAGCAACACCACCACCACCAGGCUUGAAGCACCAGCAGCAGCAGCAGGUAAGGAGCAGCAGCAGCAGCAGGUACAGAGCAGCAGCAGCAGCACGUUUGGAGCAGUAGCAGUAGCAGCAGCAGAUAAAGCUGGGGGCGAAGCCACGGUUUCGGUGCAGAUGCGGUUACUUCACAGCAGCAGCAGCAGCAGCAGCAGCCGUUGGGAGUAUAACAGCAGCAGCAGACUGAGCACUUGCUGCUGCUGCGGCAACAGAAUAGCAGCAGCAGGAGCAGCUAAAGAGAUACCUAUGAGAACAGCAGCAGAGUAUCAACAACAGCAGCAGCAACAGCCGCAACAGCAGCAGCAGCAGCAGCAGCAGCAGCGAAAUGGACCUGGAAUUAAAUCAAGCGCAGCAUUGCUGAUGUUUAAAAACGCCGAUGUCGUUGAGUACUUCUGGAUACGCACAAUUGAUGCUGCAGCAGCAGCAGCAUCAGCAGCAACAGCAGCAGCAGGUGUGAAGCAGCAGCAGCAGCAGCGGGGCAUGUAG